AUGUACGACUCUCCCAAGCUGGCGGCGUAUCACACACCUGAUCCUCGUGGGACUUGUCAUCUUUUACGAUUACCAGACGAAGUUUUAACUAGGAUCUUUGUGAAAUUGGAUCGAGAGUCAUUGACUAAAUGUCAUCGACUAUGCAAACGUCUCCUAGACUUAUUAUCCACAAAUUCAUCUGUAAGACUUCAUCACACACUCCUAUGUAACUCUCUCAUACUCAAUCCAAACGUCUUUCGUCCAACUCAAAACCUUCACCAUGUCCCCCCUUCUACAGCCUACCUUCUCGAUACACUCCGAGAACGUGUGACACGUUUCAGAACCCUAGCUUCAAAGAAUAGGAACAGACUCGAAUUUGCUGAACCAGAAGGAAGAUUGUACGAAUAUCUAGAAGGUGUGUUAUUAAGGGGAGUUGGAGGUAGUAGAGGGAGUUUACCAACAGAAAUAGCAGUUUAUGAUUUGAGAAAGUUGGAUGAAUGGGAAGAUCAACUUGAAACAAAUGGUUUGGUUAGUGAUGGGAAUGAAAUUGGAAUGAAUGGUGGGAACAGAGGUAGUAGGACUAGAACAGGUAUGAGAUUAGGUGAAGAACAAGAGGAAGAAAUUGAAGGGAUUAGAACAACACAUAAAUUUCCUUUCGAGAUUGCAGAGUUUUCUGUGGAUCCAGGAAGUGAUUUACUUGUUGUUGUUGAACUUCGACCACGUACAGUAGAAGUCGGAACAUACACAAUGGUCUUUCAUCUUCUCUCAUUAUCCACAUUCGAACCUCAUCCAAAAGCUACCAGACCGGCGUUGGAAUGGCCCAUCAUACUUACCAAAAAGAAAAUCUCACUAGGAUUCCAGAUUUGUGAUGAUGGGUUAUUCGUUUUGAAACAUAAUGCCAGAGGUGGACCUAAGGAUCAGGUUUGUGGAUGGCAAUGGACCACUGGUCGACUUGCUGUGACCCUCAGAGCAUUUCCCAAUAUGACAUUCGAAUCUUUCGUCCUCCUCACCCCUUCUUCAUUCCUAAUACCAACCAUCAUAACCCGUCUCGAUCCCAUUUCCGAAGUAGCCGAUGAACUUGACAAUCCCAUUGAUCUCCUAUGGACUCAUCAUCUUCAGUUAUAUGCCUUCCCACCUUUCUCAUCUAUCAAGACUACAUCCGACAAUCCCGCUCCUCCCCCUCAUACCGCAGUACAUAUCACGACUAUUGAUCUACCACGUUUUCACGUAGACGUCACAGAGAACAUCCCUCCUCCGAGAUUGUUGAUACGUACGGAUCCACCUCCGAGACAUACUUUCCCUACACAUCCAUUAGGCUCACCAUCACCGUUUGUACCCGAUCCGGAAAGUGGGGUAGUGGUAGUUGAAGUACAAUGUCAAUUACCACAAGAAGAUCCACAUUUUAUCUUGUUUGUACUUAAACAAACGUUAGCUCAAUAUUUACCUGCACCUACAAGUCCUUUGUUACAUACUGCUUUUCCGAGACCGGCACCGGUGGUUACUUGGAACACUAUCGCACCGUAUGUGAGAUUACUAGGUCCGGAUUUGCAACCUGCUUCAUGGGUGUGUUAUGUAUACGGCAACAGAUUCAUCUACCCUUCUUUACAUUCCAAUAGGACCAGUUAUUCUCUCACUUUAUUCGAUUUUGAUCCCCUCCGCACCCGUAAAGAAAUCUACGAUAGACGAAAUGACCCCACCAGACGAGCAGACGGAGAGGAAGAUGGUAUCGUACUCGUCACUGCUGAAACGGUGUUGGAGGGCAAGAGUCCUCUAACAGGUCAAGUGAAGACGGGUGGUAUGUUACCUUAUACCACCGUGUCCAGACCGACUCCAGCGGAUGUAGCUUUGAUUGAUUCUGAACGUAUCGUCACUAUCAAGGUGGGUCGUGCAAUUCUAUCUGCCUUGGUCUCUUCCUUCUCACUCCUACUCUCUUCCUUUCCAUUCUUCGCCUGCCCCCCCCCCCCCCCCACCCACCCAUAUUCAAUAUCCUUGUACGGUGAGUUUACAUACUGUGAACUCAAGGUGGUAGAAAAAUCGCAAGAAGGUAGAGUCAUAUGA